AUGGCCAUCGCAGCAACAGUCCCCAGCUCUACCUCCCCGGCGGACGUUAAAGGGCAGCUCCCUAGGAAGCCUUUGGGAAGGCCAGUUCUCCAGCUGAGAGCUCCAAGCUCCAGACAUCUCAGUAUCGGCUCGGAGUUGAAAAGCCCCAUAAGCGCCAUCUCGCCUCUCAAUGCCUCCGACUUGAGGAGUCCUCUUAGCCCUCUCAGACAAAUGCGCCUCGACUUUGCCGACUUCGAGGUCGGCUCGCCGGUUGACCCAGUCGACUUGUCCGGUACUGAUCAAGUUUUGAUGAGCCCUGCCAGUUCCACAAACACACGGAGCCCUUUCAGUGCCUUUAAAGAUCCUCUUCGUAAUUCUGGCCUUAACGAGGUAACAGGCAAUAUUUCCAAGGAUGAAUGUGCUACCACGGGGAAUCUUCCUACACCUCCUAUUGAUCAGACAACUGAGCAGGUUGCCCACAAGGUCUUGGACGUUCUCGAGGUCUUUGGAAGGCACAUCAUUCCCGAAGGCCAGGAGAAUCACGAGUGGCUUGGACGCAAAAUGUUCCACCCUCGCGUAGAAGAGUACAUCAAGAAGAACGAGUCGGUCAAGAUGAUCAUCCCUGCCUUUCCUUGGAAGAGCAUCAACCGAACCGACAAGGUGACCGGUGCUCUUCCUGACCUCGGAGAGGAGCUGGCUCUUGCCAGGUUGAAUGAUUUGUGCGUGGAGAUCGGCAAGGUCUACACUCACGGCGCGGAGGUUCAUAUCGCCACUGACGGGCUCGUAUUCAACGAUGUCGUCGGCAUCUCAGAUGACGAGACUUGGGAGUACGGCGCCGCUCUCAUGGACAUGGCUGCUCAAAAGGGCUACACCGGCAUCAAGCUUCUCCGUGUCAUGGACUUCCUCGGGCUGACCAAGGAAGACGAACCUCUCACCAAGGAGAAGUACAUGGAGCUCGUCGCCGAGAGCCGCGCGACGCUCGAGGCGCAGUUCGGCGACCCGGACAAGGACGUCCGCGCCAUGAUUGACACCGACAACGACACCCUUAUGACAUACCGCGGCUUCAUCCGCUUCCUCGAGACGGACCUCCGCAACAGCCCUGUCGCGGCGCACGCCAAGUCCGGCCACAAGUACCGCAAAAUCGUCAAGGAAGUUGCCAUGAAGAUGAUGAUGCGCGCCGAGUCUUUCACAAAGAUCAUUCUCGCCACUUGCCCCGAUCACGUCCGGCUGUCCAUCCACCCCUCCAGCGGUGCAGUCAAACUUUCCAUGCCGCUGCUGGAAGAGAAGCACAACCCGGACGGCUUCCCUCGCACCCCCUGGCACAGCUCCAUCGCUGUCUCGCUGGACGGCGGCUACCGUUCCCUGCACGCCAAGGAUGUCCGUGAUACUCACGACCUGGUCAUGAAGGACGGCCGUCCUUGGUGCUUCCGCGAGAAGUCCGAGCUCUUCGACCUCGGCAAGGACGUCGAGAUUGAACAUCUCUACCCCACUGGUAUCAAAGUCCGCCCUCGUACUCACCAUGAGGAAGACGUCAAGCUCGACGAGGCGGCGCGUGAGAAGCUGGUCAAGCUUGCUAAGCUGCAACCUGUCAAGGUUGUUGGCUUUGAGAGCGCGCCCGAAUUUAUUGUUGAGGGCCAGGAUUAA